AUGCGUCGGAGCAACGCAGCAUCAGAGAUUCCUCUUCCUAUCACUUACACACCUACCACUCAUCGUAUCAGCAAAGCCAAGAAGGGCAAGCGUGUACAUGCUUGCGAAUUCCCGGGAUGCAACAAGGUGUUUACAAGAGCAGAACAUAGAAGACGGCAUGAAUUGAACCACAAGCCUGAAGCUUUAUACCGCUGCCCUCAUCAGAACUGCAAAAAGGAGUUUCAUCGUUCAGACUUAUUAACCCGGCACAUGGCAAGACAUGAGCUUGAGGCACAGAUGGAGAGCUCAUCACAAUGGGAGCGAGACACACAAAUUCCCACUAUUUCAGAACCCCCUCGAGUGUCCAAGUGCAUGCCGAUAGAUCCAGCCAUAAACACAUACCUCGCUGCCACACAGUCACCAAGCACAAUGUCCGUCGGAGCCCUGGUGGGCUCGUCCAUGCACCCGAGCCUCACGAGCAACUGCAGUCUCAUGUGGAACUCGAUGGACAUGCAUCCAGCUCCUCAGGUACCCAUGUAUGGCAGUCACCAGAUCUUCGAGUCCGUUGAGGAUACUCGUUUCUACGCAACCCCGGAAACAUGCCCGUCGCCCGCCUCGGAUGGCACUUCGCUCUCUCUCCCGCCUCAUAGCCGUUCCUCACUCUCAUCUACCCCAGCUACAAUGGUCGAUUCGUAUCCAAGUAGCAUCAUCGACUCUGAUCUGACGUCCUCGCCGGUUCCUAUGCACUCCACGUUACGUGGUUGGGAUCCUGCCGAGGCCAACCUCUCCUCAAUGGUUCCCAUGUCGUUGAAUGGAAGCCUGCUCUCUCCACCUAUUUCCUGCCAUUAUCCUUCUCCUACAUGGCCAUCGUCACACCAUGUCGCCUAUGAUGACCUCCAUCAUCCCCAAACUGUACCCUUUCAAACUGUACCCUGGAAGUCCUGGACGCUAUAA